GGUUUUCUUCUAUUGUUGGCCAGUCCUUCUUUCUCACCUCUCUCUCUCCCGUCUCUCUCACCUCUCUCACUGCACUCCCUUAUUUUUCUGAAAACUUCUCUCUCUCUAAACUCUUGAGAAGAGAGCUCUCACUCUCCCAUUUACCUUCACAACUAAGCCCUAUUUUCUACGUAGUUGAAGUCUGUGGGAUGCAAGGAUCACAAUGGUGGUCUUUCAUGUGAGAUCGCUGUCGUGAGGACCUUGGCACCAUUGAAGCCGAGAGCUCCAUAGCUCUCAAAGCUCGAACCCAGCGAGUUUGUAGGAUUUCCAAGCAAAACAGGGCCAAACCUCGUUGGUUUGGUUGAGUUGAGGGCGUAGGACGACUUCCCACUACCCCUAGGCCACAGGUCUAAGCUUGCAUGCCCAAAUUCACUUCAAAACCGACGAAAACAAAGAACUCAAACUCGGGCCGUCACUUUCAGGCCAUUUUCUGACGACCUACGACCAACUUUUGGCCUUGAAAUAGUAGGUGAGUCACGUUUAGAGUUGGAAAGAGUUGACGAUGACAAACUCAGCUGGUGAGAGCAAUGCAAACAGUGUUGGCUCCAAAAUUCAAGUAAGAGGGGGCGGAGAGAGAUCUGAGGGAGAAACAAGUCAUGCGGGUAACCAAACUUUGGGCGGAAACGAAGAAAAUGAAGACGAAAGAUUUGCAUCCCAGAUCAAAAGAGAGCUUUCCGAGAAACUUCCUGAACUAAAUCCUACAUGUAUAUUUAGGGUCCCUCAGAAACUGGUCAGGGACAAUGAAAAUGUUUUUGUCCCACAGAUGGUUUCAAUCGGGCCGUAUCACCAUGGAGGAAAAAAGUUGCAAGGCAUGGAACAAGUUAAGCACUGGUAUUUGCAAGGCCUCCUCCACUGCAAACCAACUCCAGACACCAGUUUGGUGAGUUUGGUAGAGUUGGUCAAAGCAAUUAGAAGCAUGGAAGAGUUCCUUCGUAGCUGCUAUAACGAAAAGCUUGAUCUGAAUAGCUAUGACUUCGUGAAAAUGAUGGUGGUCGAUGGUUGCUUUAUUAUACGAUUCCUCCGCAUGGAUAAUAGGUUUGAACAACCUGGCAAUGAUGAUCCUGUUUUCAGAGUGCCACGGGUGUAUUCGGCAGUUAAAAAGGACUUGUUGCUGCUUGAAAACCAGCUUCCGUGGAAAGUUGUCCUCUGUUUAUUCAACCUCGCAGCAAAACCAGGAGAUCCCUCCCUACAAAAAUUUAAUAUUAACUUACUUUGGGCCCCAGCCUCCUUUAUUACGUCUCGGACAACGGCGACGAGGGAAAUAAGGCAUUAUCUUGAUCAAGUAAGAGAUUUGCUUGUUGGAUCAUUAACAACAGACACUUAUCAAUAUUGGACUCCUAUUCCCCCAGUGACACAUCUUGAGGAAAUUGGAGUCAGAUUUCAACUUGCACCCCCUGAGAGAGCUCGGUUGGACAUAACCUUCGACGCCAUCGAUGGAGUGAUGCAAAUUCCACAAAUGAUAAUUGAAGUCAACACAGAAUCUGUCUUGAGAAACCUCAUAGCCUACGAACAGGGUGCAGUGAGGCACCAAGAAAGUCACCUUUUGUCCUAUGCCAUGCUCUUCAACCACCUUAUCAAGUCGACCAAAGAUUUAGAGAGACUCGUUCAGAAAAAUAUUAUAUACACCGAGUUGAGCAAGGAGGACACUGUUCGUUUGUUCAACAGGCUUUGCAAUGACACUGAACGCAUCUCCUUCUCUUACCCUGUACUCGCUGGACAGGUGAACGGAUAUUAUGAAGAACGUUGGCUAAGGCGUUGGCUUGCAAGGAUCAAGAACAAUUACCUAUACAAUCCUUCGUCAGUCUGGUCAGUUUCAAAUGCGGUCAUCAUUGUUCUCAUUCUUACUGCCACGCAAACCGUAUAUAGUGUUCUCGCAUACUACAAGCAGUAGUAACCUUCCAAUCGGUCAAUGUUCGCCCCCAAGGCCCUAAAAAUGAACAAGACUUGCCUAACUGCACGCAAAGUUAUUUGCUUUUUUUCUAUAUAAAAUAAAGCAGCGAUGUAAUUGAUUAUUUUUACGUGCGAAACACAAUUUGGAACUAUCUGGCCAUUUAUUGUGUUCAACUUUUGGAUCAUUUGUAAAACUAUUUGGUGUUCUUUUUAUGAUCAUUCAACACUUCA